AUGUUACUCAUUGCGCUUGUAGUGCAUCUCAACUUUCAAGUUCAAUUAGUAUCGCCUGUUUAUUUACAAGGGUUUGGGGGCGACAGCCAGACUACUCUCAAUAGACAGGUCUCCGCUACACUACUAUUGAAUGUACGCGCACCCAAUGGCACCCCCACACUCUACGAGACAAAGACGAUUGACUUCUUUGUCUCCGACUGGCUACCAUGGGACUGUGAGGCACUGCUUGGCUUCGACCACCUCCAAGACAACCUCAUUGGCAUCUCUUGGAACCAGGCCACCUCCCCUCCGCAUUUCCAGUUGGAGUUACCUAAGGUUAAGUAUCCAGUUGGGUUCCUUAUCCCACAAGCACCAGAACAGCUGACUAGGAUGGAUUUACCACCGGCCUAUGGUCCGCAGAGCCGGAUGAAUACGAUUUCCGACACCUGGAGAAGCUCACAAAGAUACUCAAUAAGAGCCCGAGUGAGUUGCAAACCCUCAAAGAUCUCCUUAAUGAAGCACGUUAAACUGAGGCCGAAAAAAGGGGCUCAACCUGUGCGACAGAUCUACCGUACACGGGACCCGGUUCUGCAAGCCGUUGAGACGGCCAAGAUGAACCAGAGUUACCUUGAUGGAAAAGCAGCGGAGGGCGAUAAGUACAGCCAAUGGGUAAGCUCGGUCAAGAUAGUUCAGAAGAAUUCGAAAGUCACACCCACAUGUUGUAGAGUUUGCGAUUGA